AUGCAGAAGUGCUUGAGCAUGCCCGAUCGCCGUACCCUUGCGAUUAUACUGAUACUGGUUACCUGCACGCGAUAUGCGCAUGUAUACACAGCUUCACAUCUCAUCCGACCUGAAGCCGACGUUUUCCGUGAGUAUCGGAGACACCAUAAUGAAAAUACGACAUCACCACCUCUCUCCGCGACCGCGGGGGCUCGUCAAGUGUUCGCGGGUAUGCUGUUGAAUCUGCACAAAUAUUAUUUGUGUCCCCCGAAACAACACGGUAGCUAUUCCCCUGAAAAGCAAGGGACACAAGUGCUCGCGCCUUUCCCUUUCGUGCUCGAUUCUCGAGUGGCUGAGGACGCAUAUAAUCUAAGUACAAGUGGAAACUCGAAGAGAAGACCGCUCGGAGGUCACGGAAAUGAGGCCGAAGAUACCAGACCAAACUCGUCGGCCGAUGCUCUAGAGGGUGCUACGUCACCAGAAGGUAUUUCUGUCCUAGGCACUCGUUCUAGGCAUCCCUCGAAUGAUCAAAUCCCGAAUGACCAUCUUCAUUUCCCUGAAUGGCCUAGAGCCUGCUCUAUAGCGAAUAAUGUUGCUGCUGGUACAAAGGGCAUGCCUUGCGGAGAGCAACACGCCCAUCAUCGUGAAAUGAAGAUCAUAUAG